AAAAGACUGACUGAAUUCUGAGCUUAAACAGAAAACGUUUAGCUCUAAGAUCUACUUUUUCUUUAAAAGAAAACUCAAGAAAGCUCGAGCUUUAGAUUAAGAAUCAAAUCCGUUCAUAUGUGAGAUAUAUGUAAUCAAGACAAAUAUGCAGACUCAUAGGUGUGACAGCAUACACCCGCCUGAGUACAUCGCGAUAACGACAGCAAUAGUAUCAGGUAUCUUUUGCUUGUUCACAAUUCCAGGAAAUUUCCUGGUCUGCCUUGCAGUGUUUAAGGACCCUUUUAAGGAUUUAAGAUCUCCUUUUACAUUAUUCAUAGCUCACCUCGCCUUUGCUGACUUGAUGGUUGGGCUGGUAACAGAACCUUUAUCGGUGUACUUUCAUAUAAAAGAGAGCCUUAGGUUGCCAAUAGAACAUUCUUGGUUGACCCAUAUGUCUUACUUCAUGUCCUGUACUGCUUCUGUGCUAAGUAUUGGUGCCCUAACAAUUGACAGAUACAUUGCUAUAACAUCACCGCUAACCUACAGAGCAAAGAAAGGAUCAAAAAGAACUAGAAUUGUAUCUUUUGUCGUGUUAUUUGUCUCGUUGACAAUUCCUUUUGUUUAUUUUAAAGUUGGCUACAUCGUGUACGCAUUUGUUUUUGCAAACACAGCAAUCAUCUUCACAUUUGUAACACUGUUAAUCGUACAAGUCAAAAUUUGGCAGACCUCCAAAUCCCGCAUCACCAGCGUCGACCACCAAGGAACGAGUGCUUCUCAUCAAAAAAUUGUCUUACGAGAAAAAAGAAUAACUAAGAGUUUAGUUUUUGUUUUGAUGGCGUUUGCAGCUUCUUACUUUCCUUCGUGUGUCAUCAUUUACUCCAUGAACUUUUGCACUUCUUGCAGCUGUCUUGUUAUUCAUUGGCUAAGAGAUUUGCAGUUUCUUUUCGUCCUCCUCAAUUCCUUUGUCAACCCUUUGAUAUACGCCUGGCGUCUUCCAGGCUUUCGUCGAGCUCUUGUCGCCAUUGUGAAACGUCGUUAAAAGAGUUACAAAAUUUCAAGGGUGUAAAACAGUGAACGACACUUGUAAUAAAGUGUUAACACUUCAGCGAGAGGAAGCUGUUAUAUUGAUUCAAUACUAAAGACACCUCCAAACUUUGAACUUAAUUGACUUUUGAUUCCCGUAUAUCUGAAGCCUUUUWAAAAUCAGCAAUCAAUAGGGAAA